CGGUAGUUCACUUGCUAACCACUUCGGUAGAGACAGGACUGAUUAGCAGCGGAGCGGAUUAAAAGUAUUCUUUAAUCUUCGGUUAGACUGUUAUAAGUCUCUGAUCUUCAGUGUGUGAGGAGGUGGAGCCAGGAAUACAGUGAGGCACCGUCCCCAGUGAGAUCAUCGACUUCUUAGGGUGAUUUACAUGUGAUUACAGCUUGUUCAUCAGAAACAACCCACUACCAGCUAUUCCAGGUUGUGCUGACAGAGUUCCUCAGGCGAAGAUGCAGAGGAAAAUGGUAUUUUAUCCAGGAAAGCUGAGCGUGGUUUUCCGUAAGGGGCCCCUUGGAUAUCUCCUGCAGGCGCCCUCUCCUGAAGCCAAGCGCAUCAAGGAUGACCCCAGUUUGCAGGACAGGUCUGCGUCCAUGAAGGAGGACCUGGUACGGCAAAAUGCUUUGGCCACAGUUCGUAGGAGAGGAGGGGAUACCACCGACAUUACAGAGCUGCUGGGAGACUACAUCCUUCAAUUUGGAAAAUAUAAAGGAAAGUCUUUCAGGUGGCUUUUAGAAAAUGAUGUGGGAUACACUCUGUACCUCAUUAAGAACCGCCAGAAGGAGGAGGAUUUGGGUCUCUGUAGCUCGGCUGAGGAUCACAGCAAGGUCAGCCUGCAGACAUUUGUUAAGUUUGCUCUCAGUUUUGCAGAGAUCAAGUCUGUCCUCGGCUACGAGGCAGGUGUUGUCAAAGCCUCUUCUGAAGAUGAGCAGCAGGUUGGCUUUGGCUCCCGGGCCAAAAGCACAUGGAAGGAAAUCUGGGACAGUAGAGCUGAUGGGUAUGCGGACUUCAUCUUGAAAAAGAGUUGCCUCCCCGGGACACGCAUGAAGAAGCUGCAGCAGUACCUGCAGGGCAGACAUCAAUCUGCCUCAGCUUCUACACCCACUGAACAGGAUACAAGUGUGCCACCUGAACCUCUGG